CAAAACACUCUCACUCACUCACUCACUCACUGCUUCAAAUCCCGAUCAGGAAUCUUUGUGCGGUACACAGAGACGCUGAGAGAAAAUUCAGAGAAGAAUUGCUCAGUUUCUCACUUCUCAAGAGUACAGCUUCUGUAUAUUGUGUUGGGUUCAUACCCAGAUUGGUUUACUGCGAAUUUUCUUGGUUUCAUUCCCUCAAAUAAUCAUCUCAUGGAAGUUCAAGCUCGAUUGCAACUGAGAAAUUUUAAUGAAUGAAAAAGACAUUGUGAAUCCUCUAGGAAAUCAUGCAAUGCCCUGAAGUUUAUUGUCCUACUUUCUGAGUUAAUCUCCUUCUGGAAUGCCACAUGGCGAUGAUUCCACUAUCAUUCACAAUACACUCCCAUUUUGUCAACUGUGGAGCCACUGAAUCAUCCAAGUUGAUAGCUGCCACCCAUUGUAUUUAUGGAAAAAGAGUGGCACACAGCUUAAAGAAAAUGGACACACAAAGAAACCUAGUUCGCGGAGACGUUAAAAAAAUUGCCAGGAAAGAAUCUUUUCAGAAUCCUAAAUUGAAAGUAUUUGCUACAUCUAUAUCACACAUUUCUGUUGUUAAAAAUGAAGAAAGAUCUUCUGCUUAUCUAUUUAGGACAGAAAUUGGCAAUCAGGUUAAGGUACUUGUUAGAAAUAAAAAUCUCAAAUACAGCGUGUAUGUUGAAGUUUCAUCCUUGGAAUUACAUAGUAGUGAGGAUAAUCCGGUAAUGAGUUGGGGUAUAUUCAGAUCCAACUCAAAACAUUUUAUGCCUUUGGAUUUUCAAAGUUCAACUCCAGAUUCCAAAUUGAGGACCAUUGAAACCCCAUUUGUGCAAAAAUCUCUAGGCACGUUUGCAAUUGAGUUGGAUUUUGAAGGGAGUUUAGCACCCUUCUAUCUCUCAUUUCUGCUUAAGUUUCCUCUAAAUGGUGAUUCAAAAAGAUCAGAUAUCAGAAGCCAUAGGAAGACAAAUUUUUGUGUUCCGGUUGGUCUUGGUUCAGGGUAUCCCGCUCCUUUGGGUCUUUCAUUUUCAGCUGAUGGUUCUAUGAAUUUUGCCCUUUUCUCACGAAGUGCGGAAGUUGUGAUUCUGUGUCUGUAUGAUGAAACCAAUGCAGAGCAACCCGCAUUAGAGGUUGAUCUGGAUCCAUAUGUCAAUAGAUCUGGUGACAUUUGGCAUGCCUCAAUGGACAGGGACAGUACACUGACGUUUGUCAGCUAUGGCUAUCGAUGCAAGAGCGACAAAUUUCAGACUGAGCAAGUUCUUUUGGAUCCAUAUGCCAAGAUCAUUGGGAAUGCUCGAUCAGGUUUGCUCGUGAAAAGUCUUGGGAAAUUAAUCAAGGAACCUACUUUCGAUUGGAGUGGUGAUGUUCGUCCUUGUGUACCGAUGGAGAAACUAGUGGUUUAUCGGGUAAACGUGACACGUUUUACGAAGCACAAGUCCAGUGGAUUACCCAAUGAUGUUGGGGGGACCUUCUCUGGCAUCACUGAGAAGUUGCAACACUUCAAAGAUCUUGGGGUGAAUGCUAUCUUAUUGGAACCAGUGUUCCCUUUUGAUGAGGAAAAAGGCCCUUAUUUCCCGUAUCAUUUCUUUUCACCAGCGAACCUAUAUGGACCUUCCAAUGACGCUUUAGCCACUAUUAAGUCAAUGAAAGGGAUGGUGAAGAUGUUACAUGCCAAUGGUAUAGAGGUUCUUCUAGAUGUGGUUUUCACUCACACCGCUGAGGGUAGUGCAUUGAGAGAAAUCGAUAACUCAUCCUAUUAUUGUGUCAGCGGAGAUGAAGAUAUAGGAACCGAAAAUGCUUUGAAUUGUAAUUUCCCUAUCGUCCAACAGAUGAUUUUAGAUAGUCUUCGUUAUUGGGUGGUUGAGUUUCGCAUUGAUGGCUUUUGUUUCAUCAAUUCUUCAUCACUGUUGAAAGGGUUUCAUGGCGAAUUCCUGUCUCGCCCUCCUUUGGUUGAAUCAAUUGCUUUUGACCCAUUACUCUCAAAUGCCAAAAUCAUUGCGGAUUCUUGGGACCCACUUGGCAUGGCACCGAAGGAAACCCUUUUCCCUCAUUGGAAGAGAUGGGCAGAAAUAAAUACGAAAUUUUGUGACGAGGUGAGAAAUUUUUUGAGGGCUGAGGGGCUUAUUAGUAACCUUGCAACAAGGCUUUGUGGGAGCGGGGAUAUGUUUUUGAAAGGGAGAGGACCGGCAUUCUCUUUCAAUUUCAUUGCUAGAAACUUUGGACUUCCUCUUGUGGAUUUGGUCAGCUUUAGCAGCGAUGAGCUAGAUUCAGAAUUAAGUUGGAAUUGCGGGGAAGAGGGCCCUACCAAUAAUACUGCCGUCCUAGAAAGGCGUCUUAAACAAAUCCGGAACUUUCUCUUCAUCUUGUUUGUUUCAUUGGGUGUUCCUGUCCUUUACAUGGGCGAUGAAUGUGGCCAGUCUUCUGGUGGUUCCCCUGCAUAUGAUGACAGAAAACCGUUCGAUUGGAAUGCUUUAAAAACUGGAUUUGGGAUUCAAACAACAAAAUUCAUUUCAUUUUUGAGUUCACUGAGAAGGAGGCGAAGCGAUCUUCUUCAGAAGAGGAGUUUCUUGAGAGAAGAGAAUAUUGAUUGGCAUGGAAAUGACCAGUCUCAGCCAAAAUGGGAAGACCCGUCAUGUAGAUUUUUAGCCAUGACAUUGAAAGUUGGCGAGGAGGAGAGUGACUCAGGUUCUUUUUCCAGUUUGAAUGGUGACUUGUUUGUUGCUUUCAAUGCUUCCGUUCACUCAGAGAGCGUUAUUUUGCCCCCACCUCCGGCAGAGAUGGCAUGGCUACGAUUGGUUGACACGGCCCUACCUUUUCCUGGGUUCUUUUCCGAAGAUGGUGAACCUGUCAUUGAGCAGAUGGCUGGAUUAGUCACCUAUGAGAUGAAGUCUCACAGUUGUGUUCUGUUUGAAGCCAGGAGGCCAAGUGGUUGAAACAUUUUCCCUUGCUUUCCGGGAAAAAAGAAAUGAAGAAAGAAAAGAAAACCAUCACUUGAGGUAUUUGUUGUUGCAUACUUGUAUAAUAUAAUCUUCUGAUAAAGAUCAGGGCGUAUGGCAAAUAAGAAUGUCUGUUGGGUACUAAUAAGUGUAGUAAGACCAUGUAAUUAUUCAUUCUUCUUUCAAUAAGAGCUUUUGCAUAUCUUGAUUGUAAUGAUUA